AUGUAUGGAGGAGACGGAGAGCAAGGAGAGUACACUUAUGUUCAAGGUCAAAAUCAAGGGAUGCAAGGUGUUGGUAGAAUUCCUCAACAACAAAUGGUUCAACAAGUUAUACCUCAACUACCACCACCACAAGGUCCACCGAUUCAAAGGCAAGUUCGACAACAACAACAUGUGGGACCAAGGUUUCAACCACCUCUACAACAAUUCGGACCUCCAAGGCCACAAGUUCAAAGACCAAUGGGUCCACCACGUCCAAGAGUGCGUUUGGGUGUACCAAAAAGACAUCACUGUGAAGUUGUAUGCGGAAUUGAGGCUCAUUUCCGACCCGUUAUCACUAAUAACCCUUCUCCGGUAGUGAUUCCUCAUCACUCGGAUGGAAGAACGUUUGAGGUUAGGACCAAUGUGCUUCAAAGUUUACCUAAGUACAAGGGGUUAGCAACGGAAGAACCCUACUUUCAUUUAGAGGCAUAUGAUUCUAUUUGUAACACUAUUGGUGGUCAAGGGUUUUCAUCCAACGAUGUUAAAUUGGUGCUCUUUCAGUUUUCCUUAGAAGACAAGGCGAGAAAAUGGUUUUACACCUUACCUUCGGCAUCUAUUUACACAUGGGCAGAAAUGCAACAAUUCUUUUUGGAGGAAUUCUUUACCGCCCAAAAGACGAAUGAUGCAAGGAGAAGCUUGAGAAGUUUCCAACAACAGUCGGGUGAAAUGUUUCACGAGGUGUUUGAGAGGUUUAAUAUGAUGAUUAAAAAUUGCCCUCACCAUAGCAUUGAGCUUUGGGAAUUAUUAAAUGCUUUUCAUGAGGGUUUAUGUUCCGAGGAUGCUCGUGAUUUGAUGUCUAUCACGAAUGGUACAUUUGGUACUAAUUAUGAACAAGAUGAUUGGCAAUUCUUGGAACAAAUGGAGGUCACAUCGAAAAGGAAGGCUCAAUCAUCAAGGAGAGCACGACCGACCAUUACCCGAACUCAAGUGCAUGCGGUAGAUGAUGGUAAUAUUCAAACUUCGAAUCAAAUUUAUGAUGUUUGUGCGCUUUGUAAUGAGUUGGGGCAUGCGGCCAAAAAUUGCCAAGGAGGUGGAGGGCAAUAUGAAGAAGUGAAUGUUAUUGAUGGUCAAGGUGGGGAUGGUAGAAAUUACAACAUGAAUUCAAAUACAUACCACCCCGGGUUACGAAACCACCCGAAUUUUAGAUAUGGGAACCCGUCAAAUCAACUUAACCCGAACUUUCAAGGAAACCAAGGAAAUUAUGUUCCUCGCCAACAAUUUAAUAAUCAAGGUUUUCAAAGGCAAUUCCAACAACCGGGUAAUGAACAAAGUGGGUUUUCAGAUCAAGGUUCCUCUGGUGGAAAUGAGGUCAUGGAGACGUUGAAAGCGAUGCAAAUGGAGAUGCAACGAAGAAAUCAGCUUGAUGAGGUUCGUAUGCAAAAAGAUGAAAUCUGUGACAAAGCUCUUCAAUCGUUGACCACUCAAAUGGGUCAACUUGCGAGUGAAGUGGCGAUAUUAAAGAAAGCAAAAGGCCAGCUAACGAGUGACACGGUGACAAAUCCCAAUAAAAUAAAAAGCGUUAAUAUCAAUGUGGUAAGCACCGUUCCUAGUACCGAAUUUAAUGAAAAAUUUCUAACCUCUUCGUGUCAAAUAAAUACAGGUAUAGGGAAGGAUGCCGAUGGUGAGAAUGAUAAAGAACAUGGAGCACCAAUCAUGCCUAUCCAUGUGGGAAAAUUAAAAAUCCCUCACGCAUUGUUGGACUACGGGGCGAGCAUGAGUGUGCUACCAGGUGAUCUAUAUGACAUGUAUGAUUUUGGUCCGGUUGAAGAUACAAACACCAUGGUGAGCUUGGCGGAUGAGAGUUGGAGGCAUCCACGAGGAGUGGUUAGGAAUGUCAUAAUUCGGUUGGGAGAAUUCGACUAUCCUGUGGAUUUUCUGGUCUUAGAUUAUGUUUCUACUGAAUUGGCAUCACAACAGAGGGUAAUUUUAGGUCGACCGUUUCUUUAUACAGCAAAUUCUCAAAUCAACUGUAGAGACGGGGUUAUUACGAUGACCGAAAAGAACCGUAAGUUGUACUUCGAUGUUCAUACUAGGGAGAUUAGUUAUGAAUCUAUUGAAGAGAAGGGUAGAGAGCCUAGUGACCAUAUGAGAGGUGUGCAUCAAAGAAUAAAAACAAACAAACCACCGGGGUGUGAAAAGAAGUAUGAGGGUUCGAGCAGGUAUGCAGUUGACUAUCCACCAAAUGGACAUUUGAUGCAUGCAUUUCAACCAAUGACAAGCUACAGUGAGGGAGGUGAUAGGAAGCGAUUCUUUGAGCCACCAUAA